AUGCCCACCCCUGGUCAAGAAAAAGCCCCCAACACCUGUGUGACAGAUCAUACACAGUUUUCAGGGGGCCGAUGUGGACAUGUCAGAGAUGACUAUCACCAGAAGACAGCAAUGCAAGAUGAACACCACAGAAACAGGAGGACCAGAUUACAGUUUAUGAAGGAGCCUGCAGAAUUCUGGGUUACAUUGGAGAAGGUUCUUGGUGUCACAGCAUCUAGCAGCAGUGGACUCGCCUGUGAUCCCACCACCGGCCUGGUAGCCUACCCCGCAGGGUGUGUGGUGGUGCUUUUAAAUCCAAAGAACAGCAAGCAGAGCCAUAUACUGAAUUCUUCUAGAAAAACAUUUACUGCUUUGGCAUUUUCACAAGAUGGAAAAUACUUGGUCACCGGUGAGAGUGGCCACAUGCCAGCUGUACGGAUUUGGGAUGUAACCGAGAAGACGCAGGUCGCAGAAGUCCAGUGCCACAAAUAUGGAGUGUCUUGUGUGGCCUUCUCUGCCAAUUCCAGCUACGUUGUAUCUGUUGGAUAUGAGCACGACAUGACGGUUAAUGUAUGGGAGUGGAAGAAAGGUAUUGUGAUUGCAUCCAACAAAGUUUCCAGUAAGGUUACAGCAGUUUCCUUCUCUGAAGAUAACAGCUACUUUGUAACAGUGGGCAACAGACAUGUCAAGUUCUGGUAUCUUGACGCGUCCAAGGAGCGCAGAUCCCGUGAACUGGUGAAUUGCUCAGCUGUCAAUGGGACUGUGCCUCUCAUUGGUCGCUCUGGCCUACUAGGGGAACAAAGAAAUAAAUUAUUUUGUGGAGUUGCCUGUGGCAAGGGCAGGAUGGCCAGCAACACUUUUUGUAUCACCAGCUCUGGCCUCCUUUGUCAGUUUAACAAGAAGAGGUUGCUUGAUUCUUGGAUUGAUCUCAAGUCGCCUGUGUCAAACUGCGUUGUAGCAAGUGAGGAUUAUGUAUUCUGUGGAUGUGCAGAUGGCACCCUGAGGAUCUUUAAUCCCCAGAACCUUCAUUACAUCACCAGCCUGCCAAAGCCUCACCACUUGGGAGUGGACAUUGCACUAGGGACUGACCCAGGACAUCUUUUUGACCAGAUCCCAGGUGCUGUUUACCCAGAUGCCGUGGCAUUGGCUUUUGACCCCGUUACAAAGUGGCUGUCGUGUGUGUACAGUGAUCAUAGCCUUUAUGUCUGGGAUGUCAAGGAUAUGAAGAAAGUUGGGAAGGUGAACUCCGCUUUGUAUCACAGUGCCUGUGUCUGGUGUGUUGAGACAUACCCCGAAUUGGAAGAUUCCACUAAGGCCUGUCUGCCGUCCUGUUCCUUUCUGACCUGCUCCUCUGACAACACUAUUCGUUUGUGGAACAUGGAAGACCACUCAUCCUAUGGUCCACUAGCUGCAAAAUACCGCAACUACUACAGCCACGAUCUGUUGAAGGUGGUCUAUGUAGGAAACAACACUCAGCAUCUUCAAGACUCUGUGGAAAAGACAGAAUGUGGUAUGUCUGGCGAUAUCAAGUCUGGCAUCCGAGUCUUGGCAGUUAGUCCCAGUGGGCAGCACCUUGCAUCCGGAGACCGCAAUGGAAACCUGAGGAUCUAUGAUCUUCAGUUUUUGGAUGAAAUAAUAAAAGUUGAAGCUCAUGAUUCAGAAGUUCUGUGCCUAGAAUAUUCUGGACCAGAUACUGGAAUGAGCCUACUGGCAUCUGCAAGCCGGGAUCGCCUCAUUCAUGCUUUAAACGUGGAGAAGAAUUACAGCCUUGAACAGACCUUGGAUGACCACUCUUCCUCGAUCACUGCUGUAAAGUUUGCAGGAGGUGAUAACCGGGUGCGGAUGAUCAGCUGUGGUGCAGACAAGAGCAUUUAUUUUCGUACAGCAGAAAAGACCUCGGAUGGUGUGAACUUCUCACGGAUGCAUCAUGUAGUUGGAAAAACAACUCUGUAUGACAUGGAUGUUGAUGCCACAAGAAAGUAUGCAGCAAUUGGCUGUCAGGACAGAAACAUACGGAUUUAUAACAUCGCCAGUGGAAAACAGAAGAAAUGCUUCAAGGGCUCUCAGGGUGAAGAUGGAACACUUCUAAAAGUAAAAAUAGAUCCAUCAGGGAUGUUUCUGGCCACCAGCUGUUCUGACAAGAAUAUCUCUAUCUUUGAUUUCUAUAGUGGAGAGUGUGUGGCAACCGUGUUUGGCCAUUCAGAGAUUGUAACAGGCAUGCGGUUCACGAAUGACUGCAAACGUCUUAUAACUGUGUCUGGGGACAGUUGUGUGUUCAUUUGGCGACUUGACUCUCAGAUGACAAACUGCAUGAGGAAAAGACUACUUGAGCUAAAACUCUGCAAGGGUCAGCAGAAGGUGACAAAGUCUCAGAACGAACAGAUCAGGAGGGAAACUUACAUUACUGUGCCACAUAAGCCAGAAAUCGAUGCAGAGGAGGAAGCCAACAAUGAGGACCUUGAAGACGAGUUCGUACAGACGCCUACUAGAGAUGGCCCUGAUCAAAGUUUUAUGGAUCCUACCUUCCUUCAAACUAAUGGGAGGCUUCCUCUUUGGGCAAAGAGACUGGGCGCAGCUGAAAAUUUUUCAGAUGAACUUCAGGAUACUCGGCCUGGUAAUCGGUAUCAGCCGCGUGGACGCUGGGCAGAAAGUACAAACCAGGAGCAAAUCAAAGCCAUCCUGGAUACUCGCUGCUUACAAAUGUGUCUCACCCCAAGUCCACCCAGAGGUAUUGAGGGAAGCGAAGCACUGGAAGAGGACAGCAUUCAGCCUCAGAGCCUAGAAAGUCUCCUGGUACAUGAAGAUGAGGUUAUGGCAGAUGAACUGAUGAGCAGAAUGAGUGAACCUUUUGAACGGCCAAGCUUCUUGCAGCUCCAGGAUGUAGAAGAAAUCUUCAAUCAGGACCUUGACUCCCCUGAAACCAGUGAUGAGAUCCUCUACCCUACCAACAGCACCAUUGCAUCUCUCCCUGGAGAAAGUGAGUUUGAUGUGAAAGAGCUGCACAAGGGUACACUGCACAAGAUCAAGAAGUGGAGGCACAAGCAGAACGAGGAGCACAGCCCUGACAGCGCCUGCUGCGUUGGAUCUGCAGGAAGUUGCACGUCAAAUCUAGAAAUGCAACAUGACGAUGUGGACUCGCUGAGUCAGCUGAGCUCGGCUGGCAGCUCAAGUGUGGAUGAAGAGGAAGAAGAGCACUGUGGGAGUAUUACUCAGGACAUGCCAAUGGUUUUAACUCCAGAGCAGGAGAAGGUUCUCCUCCAUCAUUUUGCCACCUUGGCUGAUGACCUUGAAAAUGAAAAGUUUGAUAACAACCUGAAGGACCUCCAGCCAGGCACAGAGAGCUUUUUCUUGAACCCACGGCUCAGCAUUUCUGCAAGAUUUCUUUCUAGAUGUCAGAAUAAGCAGCGGUUAGCUUCUGGUUUUCCUCCCAAGAUCCUCAUUUCUACCUCCGAGUUUCUAAUUGAGGAGAACAGUAGAAUUUCCAUUAAGGAAGAGGAGGUCAGCUUAAAACGAGUUUCGACAGGAGCGUCAUGCGAGUCCCUUGCAGAGAAGGAUUUAAAACCCAAAGUGAGGAGGAGGAGCUCCUCUUUCACCACUGCCAGGCCACCAAGACCAAAACCCACUCCAGUGGCCAGCAGUAAUCCCCACAGAGAUGAAGCUUCAGCAACAGGAACCCAAGGAUCAACAGCAACAGCCCAAGAUCCCAAUUCGGCAACAAGGAGACAAUCUCUAAACACUCAGAACAAAGAGAGUCAUCCAGCUAAAUCGAGCAGACAAAGCUACAUGGGGACAACGGCAAGUUCUAGAGCCAAGAUGUCCCGCAGUGUGUCCAUGGGAGAAAAUCUGAAUGCGAGGAGUGCGGAGGAGCAGUUUAAAAAUGGUUUGAAUUCAAAAGGCCGUGCCUCGUCCACCUUGGAUCUGUGUGUUAGACCAGAAGUUGUAUCGAGUAAAGAGUGCGAUUCCAAAAAGUGCCCUGCAUCCAGUCAAGACUGUGAAUCUUUGGUAGCAACGGUACAGGGGAACCACCAGGCCCGAGCCGGUCUGCACCUCGAUCUUUGUAUGAGCUCAACUGACCAGGCGGUAAUGUCCUCUCCACCCAUCGUGGGAAUCGCAAAAGCCAGACCAAAGCGUUACUCUGACAUAUCUAAGCCUUCCCUUUCCUUGGCAACACCAACAGAGAUGAGAUCACUGGGCAAAGAGGGCAAAAGUUACAUAAGCAGUGUUCUAGAGACCAUCUGUGCCUCUCCUGCCAGCCCAGUUACCAGAGGGGUCACGUGCAGCACGGCCAGUCCGUCAGUAAGGGAAGUCACCUACAGUAUAGCCAUCCCGGCGGCAAAAGAUGUCACCUGUAGCACAGCCUGUGCAACAAGGGAGGUCGCCGGUAUUGAACCGAGCCCAGUUCGAGAAGGAAUCUGUUCGCCUUUGCCCAGACUGUGUACCACAGAACCAGAAGAAGCGCAGACUCCUCUGUCAGAGGAGCACAAACCAACAGCGUCUGCCACCUUGGUUUCCAGCUGUGACAAAUCGGAAUCUGACAAGCCAGAUGUGCAAUGCAAUAAGGGGCCUGACAGGAUGGCGCACAGUGUAGCGGAUCCUCCUGAAGCGGUGAGUCUCCAGAGCUGCAGACAAAUAGCAAACGAGCUCCACAACACCCUACAGCGGGCCGUGUCCCUGUAUGGCAAGGUGUCUUCUGCGAGCGAGAGUCCUGAACAGCAACUCCAAAUGAAGGCCAUCCUGACUGACGCCUUUUUGGCCGCACGAAGGGAGCUGGACGUGGUUGACAAAGGGAAGGCGUUCCCCGUUUGCACUCGCCGCCACACGGAGGAAGCGUCGCCGUCUCCCACGCGACAGCUGAAAGAUGACAGGACUAUAGCCUUACUGGAACGCUAUUCAGAAAUGCUCCUGAAGAUCACGGAGAAGAAGAUGGAAUACAAUUGACAAACGAUGACGACGAGUGGACCUUGUACAUUUUCAAGCGGCUUAUUGUUUCCCCAGCAGCACUUGUCACGGUUUGAUGCUCUGCGCACACAACGCUUUUGGGGAAAAUAGCAGCUGGUAGAGAAACACAAUUUUGUGUUUCCUUUUUUUUUCCAUCGACUUCUCUUUCUUCCGUUAAUUUUGACUUUUUUUCCCCUUUUUAUCUCAUUCAUAUUUUUCUUAAUCUAUUUAUUAUCAAGAGAUAACUGUGCAAUUAUUUCGAUUUUUUUUUUUUAACUGUUUACGUGUGCCUGCUUGUAUUUUACGAGUGUGCGUGUGUGCGCGUGUCUGGCGUCUGUUCGCGUGUUUGAAAGUCGAGUCUGACCGGACGAGUCUGGCUGCAGCCGGUUUGGAGUUAACGGUGGUGAAGUUUACAGCAGAAAUCCCGAGUUGUAUCUUCAAAUGAACAGUUACAAAGAAGACAUGUUUAUGUGUUCAUUCCCACUAUUGAAAAAAAGAAAAACUGUUUAGUGUGUUAUUUGUUUUGUUGUUGUCAUCAUUUUUGUUUUUAAAUUUUACCUUAUUGGGUUUUCUUAAAGAAAUAAAGCCUUUUGGUUGGUUUUUAAUUUUAAACGGUAAGUUACCUGUUUUAAGUGUCGGAGCGCAAUCAGCUCUGCUGUCUAUUUUGUUUUUUUAAAUCAUUAACUUGUAAAGUUUGUUAUUAAAGGAUGCACUUUACACUG